GGCGGCGGCCCCACCAUGAGCGCCGAGGACGGUUACAGCGGCGGUCGGCGCCGCGGGGCGGAGAGCGGGGACGCCGAGCCACCCCCGCCGCCGCCGGCGCCGCCGGGGGAGCCGCCCUCGGUCCCCGCGCCCCCGCGCUACCUGCCGCCCCUGCCCGCGCCGCCCGCGUCCCCUGAGCGCCUCGCGGGGUCCGACGACCCGCCGGCUGGGGUGGUCCCGCGGCGCCGGGGCGCGGACGAGCUGCCGCCGCUGCCCCUGCCACCCGCCGGCCAGGAGGUGUCGGCGGCUGGCGACUCUGGGGAAGGUCCGCGGCGCCUGCCGGAGGCGGCAGUCCCCGAAGUGGCGGCGGGGAAGGGUGGCCCCGGGGAGUCCGAGGCCGGCGCGAGCGGGGAGGGCGAACGGCGGGGCGCCGGCGACCAGCCCGAGACGCGCUCCAUGUGCAGCAGCCGCAGCAGCAGCAGCGGAGGCGGCGGCGGGGACCAGCGCUCCGGGCACCAGCACCAGCACCACCAGCCUAUCUGCAAAAUUUGCUUCCAGGGCGCGGAGCAGGGGGAGCUGUUGAACCCCUGCCGAUGUGAUGGGUCAGUUCGGUAUACACAUCAGCUGUGCCUGCUGAAGUGGAUCAGUGAGAGGGGUUCCUGGACUUGUGAACUCUGCUGUUACAGAUACCAUGUCAUAGCCAUUAAAAUGAAACAACCUUGCCAGUGGCAAAGCAUUUCUAUAACACUGGUUGAGAAAGUUCAGAUGAUUGCUGUAAUCCUAGGAUCCCUGUUCUUAAUAGCGAGUGUGACCUGGCUCCUCUGGUCAGCCUUCAGCCCCUAUGCAGUGUGGCAGAGGAAGGACAUCCUUUUUCAAAUCUGCUAUGGAAUGUAUGGUUUUAUGGAUCUAGUGUGCAUAGGUCUCAUUGUCCAUGAAGGAGCUGCAGUUUACAGAGUGUUUAAGCGUUGGCGAGCUGUUAACUUACACUGGGAUGUCUUAAACUAUGACAAAGCCACAGAUAUCGAAGAAAGUAGCAGGGGAGAGUCUUCCACAAGCAGGACUUUAUGGCUGCCACUAACGGCUCUGCGAAACAGGAACUUGGUCCACCCGACGCAGCUAACCUCCCCUCGGUUCCAGUGCGGCUACGUGUUAUUGCAUCUGUUCAGUCGAAUGAGGCCCCACGAAGAUCUGUCAGAAGACAACAGCUCAGGGGAAGUUGUGAUGCGAGUGACUUCAGUGUGACAAAAGUCUAUGAUGGUGCAGUGUGGACCAGCCUGCAUUACUUUGGAAUGUAAUUGCA